CGCAGUCGCUACCACCACCACACGACUAUCACCAACGCAAACCCCUCAAGUCGAUACUAGUGCGUGGCGCCCUCAGUCAAAACGCCACAACGUCUUACAGUCGCUGUUGAUGUGUCUGUUGUACAAUACCGUUUCGCGAUGCCUCACUGUUGUAUUUUAGUCUCCCCAAGUGCUACUGUUGGCCCCCCCCCCCUACUGUAUUAUUCGAGUGUCACAAGUGCUACUGUUCACUGUUGUGCUACAGCAAAUCAACUUUUAUUUGCUCCGUUACUUGGAAGGAGGUUGGAAUGAUUCGAAGGAAAGUGCUGCAGUGCAGGCCCCCUCUUAGACGGAACUGUUGCAUCUACAAGCGAAAUAGUUGAUAUAUUUUCCCCUCGGCUCUAUGUUGGGGGGGGGGGGAUGCAUAAACAUUGAUAUAAUUUAGUUUUAUAAAUAACAUUUUUAUUUGUCGAGUAGACGUGUGUUGCUGUAAGCGUCAGUGAAGUGUUGCAACGCUUGAUAAUGCUACAGAAAGUGCUCCUGUUUGAUGCAAGUGUUACUUAAAAGCUCACUGGGUAAUUAGCCAUGUUACAGACUAACUUGUAAACUGUAGUAACACUUUCAUCAAGUGUCGGUUUAUGAUGAUACGUGUUACUUAAAUUGUUCCCUAAGUGAUCUUGACAGCCGCCACGGAGCCUGGUGUGUGACCCCUUAAGUGCGACUAAGGUCCUUGUUUUUUUUUAUUUUGAGGGCGAGGGGAGAGGUCUAGACUCACUCUCCAUCUUGGAAUGAUGUAUUGUGGGUCUUGGUUUCCAUUGAGUAAAUCCAAGCUCUUGGGCCAGCGGUUGUGGGAGUAUAUAGUGUCUCGUUUGUAGUAAUCUUGGUAACUUUGUGUCUACUAAUAUUUCGAAGGUGUUCCACACAGCCUGGUAGCUUAGUGGACACUGUUUUGCUGCUCUUCUUAGCGUUUUAUUCUGUACUGUUUGUCCAUAAUAAAAUACCAUAAGUUUAUACUGAUGUUUAUACCAUCCUCGUCUCAGGAGAUGAACUUAUCAUUCUCAUACUACUGGCCCAAAGUUAAUCACUUCAUAGCGGCAUAUACAUACCUCUCACGAUACCAAGUCCCGAAUUCCACACCUUGGUCAGCUGGUAGUGACAGCGGAAGUCCCCCCCUUCCCCAGCUUGAGCUCUUAUCAACCCGAUGUCACGUUUCAAUGGCUCCCCCGUCAACCACUCUCUGACAUCAUGUAGAACAUAACCGAUUCUCGCAGCAUCCUUGAGCCGACUUGGGUCUACUUUCCCCCCGUGACACUCCCUCUGGUCCUCUACAACUACUCAUUGUUGUGUGGUAGCUUCAGGACUCCCUCCUGCUAUCAGUCUCCGGUCGCCGCAGAGUCAUUGAAAUACUGCCAGCCUCACAUGAUUAUCGGACUCCUCUGGGAGCAUCCGUUAUGUAUCGGCGUCGCAGUGUCUCUCCUCUAUCUAUGCUUCUAAUACUCGCUCAUAAAGGCUUCCGCUAGACUCGUACUUUUAAGAGAGAAUAACUAAUUUACUAUCAUUCAUUUGGGUCACACCAGCACCCUAGUUCGUGGUGCAUUUGUCCGCCUGUGCUCACUUGCAUGCAAGACGCAUGUCCUGGGACCUGCAGGGGUGCACCUGGCUAUACCUUGCAUCCUGCAAUGUGUCUUGGGUACCAAAGACUGGUACUUGGUAGCAUUUUAACUUGCAACUCAACUCCCUGACACUAAAGCAUUUCAUUAAUUUGCUUAAAAUGCAGUUAUAAUUGGGAAGAAAUUGUGGUUGUUUUUAAUGACUUGUUAGCCGCUUUCUUGAGUUGUAUACCUUUUUAUAGUUUAACAAAAAAUGGUUAGUAUUGGUAAUAUUAUAAAUUAUAUAAAUUUCUAAAUACCUGUAUUUAAUACGGCCAUGUUUUUGGCGGUUGGAACUGUGGAAAAUAGUUUGUUUUUCAUCGCGAUGGAAUGUAAUGUUCGAAUUUCUUAUGACAACUUUUUAAGAACUGUGAGAAAAAACAAAUCAAAAGUUUCGCUCAGUGAAAUUUUUAAAAAUUACUAGACAAAUCUAAAUUAUUUGUAUUGCAGAUGAUUGUAACAAUAAUGAUUGGUUAAAGGGAAAGUUUGAAACUUAUAACAAAGAACGCAAGUGAUUGUUAGUGACGAGAAUAACACUUUGAUGAAUCUUGUCAGCGUGCGCACACAGGUGACAAGUUGCUGCUAAACACACCAAGAAAUGGGAAGAGACAUUUCCUCAGAAUGCAACACCUGGACCCAUGCCGUACAUUAUAUGUAUAUAUAUGGCAGCUUCGCAACACAAUAUAAAACAAAGGAGCAAUAGAACUUCCUGGCAAAUAAGAACAUCCUGGGUAGUUUACCAUCAUGGAGUGGCCAGUGGGAAGCAAGGAUGCCACCGGCCAGGCUAUGGCCAAGGUGGAGUGUGGUGCCAGCAGUUCGGGCCAGGUGGGCCAGGCGGGCCAGGCGGGCCAGGCGGGCCAAGGCACAGCCUCGGUGGAGUGUGGCAACAGGCGAGUACUCUUCGCCUCUCAUCCAAAGACAACAGAGUCGGCCACACUCGACAGCGGAAACAUUUCACCAGAUGAAGACCAAACGGUUACUUCCAGCAAGAGGGAAGGCAUGUUAGGGCAGCUAGAUGAGGCAGCGUCAUGUGUAGACGAUGAUGAUGAUGAAUCAAAGGCUUGCCUGUCUCGGGCCAGUAUAAGGGCACACUUGUGUGAAGAGGACGAGAAGGUAGACUUGCUUAGGCAGCAGACAAGGGCCAAGAGGGUGACGAGGAAUACCCUCGACUUCGACGACGGCGGCGUGGUCAUGAUGGGAUACAGGAAAAAGGAGGACUCGCUGGAACCCACCACAGCUACCCCUGACAGCAGCAGAGCGGAGACCCCCGAGGGUGAGGAGUGGGCGGAGUCCCCGGUGGGUGAGGAUUGGGCGGGAAAGAGUACUGGGCCAGGGUGGGCAGAGCUGAGCGGUGCAGUCCUCAAGGAGUUGUGGAACGACGCCAGGGAUUACCUGGAUCCCGCCAAACACUCCCAGCACGGCGGUGACGCUGACAGCUGGCGCAGCAGCGGCGGCCUGACCCCAGCCCGUCCUCCCGCCCCCAAGCACCGGGAGGACGCGGACACCUUCUUCAGGGACGGCCGCCGCCGGAUCGACUACGUGCUGGUGUACGAGGACGCUGCGGGCGCCGGCCGCAAGACUCGUCAGGAGCGGGACAAGACCCUCAACCGGACGCUCUCGGCCAGUGAGAAGAGGGCCUUUAAGCACGAGUCCUGGAGGCUGAGGUUCAUGAAUUCUCUUAUGAAAGCUGGACUCCACAUGGAGGAGGAGACGGAGGAGACUGGGAAGAAAGUGAUCUGCUUCAUCAAGCUUAGUGCCCCCUGGCCCGUGCUCUGUCACUUCGCCGAGGAGCUCAACAUGAGAGCGCCCCUCCAGGUCCGCCAGCCAGGGGGGGAGCUCCGCAAGCUGCUGAGAGUCCGCUCAUCCACCGCACACAACAACCCGUCUACCAACUGGUCCGAGGUCAUCCUUGAACGGCUGCACCUGCCCAACUUGAUGGCGGAGGACGUCCCCAACAAGCCCCUCGACUACUUCACCUGCGCCUUCAAGAAGUCCAAGAUAGAUAGGUUCCUAGGCAGUGACAACCCCGACCAGUACUUCACCAACACGCAGAGGGCCAGGAUCGUUCACGAGAUCCUCUCCACGGCCUCCUUCGGCAAGAGGAAGAAGGGUGAGAUCGGAAUCGAGAGGCUGGUGGAGGAGGGUGUGUACAGCGCUGCCUUCCCGCUCCAUGAUGGGGCGUACGAGUACCCAACGGGGUGUCGGGACCCUCGCCAGCUCAACCCACGACAGGUGCUGUACCACUACUGGGCGCGCUGGGGCAGGUGGUACAAGUACCAGCCCCUCGACCACAUCAGGGAGUACUUCGGCGAGAAGAUCGGCAUUUACUUCGCCUGGCUGGGUCUGUAUACGGGUUGGUUGCUGCCGGCGGCCAUCGUGGGUCUCCUGGUGUUCUUGUACGGCGUGUGCACCAUCAACUACAACACUCCCGCCAACGAGAUCUGUAACAAGGAGAACGUCUUCAAGAUGUGCCCUCUGUGUAACGAGACGUUGGGUUGCGUGGUCUGGGACCUCAGUGACAUCUGUAUCAACGCCAGGAUCUCCUACCUCUUCGACCACCCCGGCACUGUCUUUUAUGCCAUCUUUGUCUCGUUUUGGGCCGUGACCUUCCUGGAGUACUGGAAGCGUAAGAGUGCUUCCCUGGCACACCACUGGGACUGUCUGGACUUCCAGGAGGAGGAGGAGCGUCCUCGCCCGGAAUUCGCAGCUAAGGCGCCGUGUCAAGAGCGGAACCCCAUCACGGGUGUCCGCGAACCCUCCUUCCCAAAGUCCAUCAGAACCAAGCGCAUCAUGGCUGGUGUUGGGCUCAUUUUCAUCAUGAUGAGUCUAGUAAUCAUCUUCAUUGUAGCUGUCAUCAUCUACCGCGUCCUGGUGUCCAUACCUCUCUUCCGCAACGACACCCUCAGGUCCCAGGCUCAGGCAAUAUCAUCACUGUCGGGCGCUGUGGUCAACUUCAUCAUCAUCAUGUCUAUGGGCAGAGUGUACGAGAAGCUCGCCCACAGACUCACCACUUGGGAAAUGCAUCGCACGCAGUCAGAGUUCGAGGACAGCCUGACCUUCAAGGUAUUCAUCUUCCAGUUCGUCAACUUCUACUCCUCCAUCUUCUACAUCGCGUUCUUCAAGGGUCGCUUCGUGGGCUACCCUGGCCAUUACUACCACAUCCUCGGCCUGCGCAAUGAGGACUGCUCAGCCGGAGGGUGUCUUAUUGAGCUUGCUCAGCAGCUGGCGGUCAUCAUGAUCGGUAAACAAGUGGUGAAUAAUGCUCAGGAGAUCCUUGUCCCCAAGGCUAAGGCUUGGUGGCACAAAAAACAGGUGAAGAUGACCCACAAAGCCAGGACACGGUGGGAGGCGGAUUAUCAGCUGAUUGACAACGAAGGCCUCUUCCAGGAGUACCUGGAGAUGGUGUUGCAGUUUGGGUUUAUCACCAUCUUCGUGGCAGCGUUUCCCCUGGCACCACUGUUUGCUCUUCUUAACAAUUGGGUGGAGAUAAGAUUGGAUGCUCAGAAGUUUGUGUGCGAGACGCGGCGAGCGGUGUCGGAGCGGGCCCAGAACAUCGGUAUCUGGUUCACUAUUCUUGACUUCAUGGCCCAUCUUGCCGUCAUCAGUAAUGCAUUUCUCAUUGCCUUCACGUCGGAAUUCCUGCCACAGCUGCUGUACAAGUACGAGUAUGACUGGUCGCUUUCUGGUUAUGUCAACUUCACCUUGGCCACAGCCCCCAAUAACACCCUGAGUCAGGCAUGCAGGUAUCGCGGGUACCGGGACGCCGAAGGGAAGCACACGCUUUUCUUCUGGCGACUCUUGGCCAUCAGGUUGGGUUUCGUCAUUGUCUUCGAGCAUGUGGUGUUUGGGGUGUGUCGGAUGAUAGACAUCUUGGUGCCUGAUGUACCUCAGAGUCUGGAGAUAAAGAUGAAGAGAGAGAGGUACCUGGCAAAGCAAGCUCUAGCAGACUCUGAUACAAUCAUGAAGGUCGCCCAGGGAAAGGACGAUGAUGACGACGAUGAUAUUGCCGCAGUUAAUGACAUCAAUCUGGCCAUGAAUGAUGCUGACACUCCAUCAGUUGUCAUUCCUCCUGUCGAAACAUUUCCUAUUAACACUUCGAAUGAUUCUCCAACGUUUUCCUCUUAUAAUUUUGGAAAUGACUCUCCAUCAGCUACUCAGUAUGCCAAGAUGUCUCAUUCAAGUCUACCAUCAUCCUGUGACAAAAAUGACACCAUAAACUCACCAUCAUCGUACUCCAAAAGUCCUUGUGUUAACUCCAGUGGCAGCGUUGCAGGCAGAACAAUGAACACAUCUGAGGCUCCUUCAGCGAACCACUUUGGCUCCUACACCAAUAAGACUCCUUUACGUCCCCCGACAUAACAGACCACCGCCCUCACCCGUCCUAUUGUCGUGUAUAAGCAGACAUCUGUCUAAUGAACUUCUGCACGAUUAACUUGAGUUCUUCUUUGGUUGAGGCGCUCUGGUGUUAGAUUCAGGAAAGUAGAGGAGGAUUUGAAAUAUUAAAGCGAGCGAGUUGCACAAAUAGAUUUACUGUACAUUGUUAGUGCCCUAACAAUGACACAUCAAUCAGUGCAGAUCGAUAUGAUUUCCCUAACACGGUUGAAGAUCUUGUGACUUGCUUACUUCAUGAUAAUGAAAUGUUACUGUUAUAUUGAAAAUUGGUAUGUGGUUCAUUUCCUGCAUGUAUAAAUUCUCCAAUAAUUUGAUACUGGAUUGGAAAUUAUGGUAUUUGUCCUCCAGCACAAAGAUACUUGAGUGCCUUCUUGAUGUUUCUUCUGUGUUUAUGGUUUAUGGUGGUGACGGGUGGUGGCUGUGUGAUGACUUUUAGUACUGUGAAUAAAUAACUUAUAAAUUUACAGUACUAUACAGUACUAACAAGUUAAAGAUUACUGAUACAUUCAAUGUAAAUAUUCUUAAUAAACUUGUAUAUUUGAUAUUUUAAUGAUUGCAACUACUCGAGCCAAACAAAAAAAAAGAAUGAUCUCUUAAAUAGUCACAUUAGUAUUUUAGGUUUGUGCUAUUUUCAUCAAAUAAGUAUCACAAUGUUUCCCAGUGAAGAUAUGUUUAAAAUACUUUAUAAUCUAUAGGGCCUGUUGCUACUUAUUGGUGUCACUUUCGGUAGCGGAAAACUAUGGCCCACAGGAUCUCUAAGGUCUUCUGAUAUCUGUACAGUACACUCAUCGCUUCAUAAAUCUUGUCUAAGACAAUGAUUAUUCUAAUGAAAUUACUAUUUAAUAGAAAAAAAAUGACUUGUAAACUUAAUAAAUAUUUAAGCUGCAAAAAAAAAAAAAAAUAUCCUAAGUGAGCCCCUUUUAAUAUAAUAAAUUUUAAUUCACAAAAAAUUGUAAUGGCUCCACUGCUUGUUAUACGGAUAUAAUUUACACUGUUCACUCACUCUAGUACUGUACAUUGAUGUUCACCUGCAGCAGGAGCAGCACAGAAUUAUGUUGGGAGCGAUGAGUGUGCUGACACACUCGGGUUGUUUGGCAUGAACAAUUGUGAUAUUUUCAUCAUUCCUAUAUUUCAUAUUUCUAGUGCUCUUGCACUCGAUUCUAUACACCUUUACAUAUUAGAGUUCACUUAAGGCUCAACUCGUGCACUAUCUACUGACAUUCCACUCAAUAUUGAUCCCUUCAUUUUGUCAUUGUAUUAUAAAAAUUCAUUUGUAAUGUCCUGCUGAUCAUCAAAUAUUUUCUAUAUGGAGCAAUGCUCAGUUGUUUAUAUAUUACAUUAAUGUUGUCUUUUGAUACAGCAAGUUUUGAAACUUGUUUUACUGCAAGGUUUCAUGACAGUAAUUAGCUAGGUAAUUGUAUAUUCCUUUUGUUGUGCUUUAUUAAUAAAAUUUAACUUUGUAAA